AUGAACCAAAUUAUAUCACAACUUAAUUAUUAUCCUGGGCAUUUAAAAUUACCACUAUUUUCAAUGAUUCCAAUAACCCAUUGGGUUGUUGAUGAGCUGCAUAUUUUAUUGCGAAUUUAUGAUCGACUUUGGGGAUUAGCAUUACAAGAAUGCAAACAAAAUGGAAACUUUAAUAAUGAGAUGAGAGCAAAUAUAUGUAAAGAAAUGCUUGAUAUUGGAAUAAAAUUUCAUUUCUGGCAAGAAUCUACAUCAAAAGCUUGGAAUCAUACAACAUUAAAUGGAAAUGAUAGAUUAUGCAUUUUAAAACAAUUUAAUUUGAUAGUUAUGCUACCUUAUAUAUGUGCAAUACAAUUGCGCAAAUUGUGA